AUGGGUGGCCAUGUUGAACUAAGUCCUGCAGAAUUAGCUAAACUAGUUGGUUAUAAAAGAUAUUUGAACACCGUGACGGAUCAUGGCAGAAAAAAUAUUGUCUUGUCCGUAUUUGCUGGUUGGGGUUUAUUUGGCUAUACAAUGUAUAAAUUAUCCCAGAGUCGAAAAAAAAAUAAACCAAUCGACAUUAAACAAUUGAAAAAAGCACAUUAG